AUGCGCGGCUGCGACGUUCGAUCGGACACCGGCUCGGGCGUCGCGGCGGAGGGCGCACAGCUGGACGUCGAAGACUGCGUCGUCUCCAACUGCAAGACGCACGGCGUGGCGGUGUACGGGGAUUUGUUCGGGAGCGGCGGGUUCGGUCGCGUCGUCGAGUGCGAGAUACGCGACAACGGCGAGGACGGGGUGCUGGUGCGGGGCGGCGCCGUCGCGGAGGUUGCGGGAAACGAGGUCUUUGACAACGGGAGGUUCGGGGUUGAGCUGGUGGACGUCGGCGCCGGCUGCGUGGUGGUGGACAACGCGGUGGGCGUCGGACGGAAGGGGAGGCGGGGGGUGGUCGUGGACGACGCCGUCGCCGACGUGGAGGUGUCCGGCAAUCGCGAGAGACUGUGA